CCCCCUCUGGUGCAGACCCAGACAUUCACCAUCACAGACGUGUCCAAGUCCCUCCCUACUGACGUGUCUACUAAGGAUGUCCCUAUCGUUCAGACCCAGACGGUCACCUACGAGUCUGCAGAGGUGUCAGUUGACGGGACAGACGGGGGGAAAGAGGCCACAGCACUGAGCAGCAUCCAGACCAUUCCCUCAGAGAGCAGCAGGGAAACCAGUGGCACCUCUGUUACUACCACCACCACUCGCAUCUCCAAGGUGGUGAAAGGAGGAGUGUCAGAGACCAGAGUGGAGAAGAGGAUCGUCAUCACUGCUGACUCAGAGGAUGACCAGGGAAGCGGCGGUGGAGCAACAGCAAUGUGAUUCAGCUGAGCACAGUCAGGGAGCAGCCCUAUGGAUCUGAUGCUCAAGACACCAAAGGACUAACCUCCCUGUCCCAGAGCCACCCCCACCUCCUCAACCCACACUGACAUUGUGUCCUGACUGGUCCCCUCCAGAACCACCGUGGUUGCAUCUCAAAUGGCACUACUUUUGACCAGAGACCUGGUUAAAAGUAGUGCACUAUAAAGGGAAUAUGGUGCCAUUUGGGAUGCACCCUGGUGUGUCCCUGCCCAGUGGGAUAUGAACAGGCCAGGGAGAAAGCCUAUUGUGUCCUCUCUUUCCAUACUGCUGUUCUGACUGUAUGGUGGCUUCAUGUUGGUCUAUUCCACUCAAACCUCAUAUUUCGCCAAAUUACUAUUUUUUUGUUUUAUUGUAGUAGGAAAGAUGAACCUUUUCAGUUCUAAGAGCAUUUAGGUCAUUUGCUUUUAAAUGUUUAUUUACAACAUAUUUUUCUGUCGUUUGUAUUGCUACUACUGUAUCAUUGAGUUUAAGUGUGGACUCAGCGAUAUGACGGAGAUGCAGAAAGUAAACAGCGUAGUGGGUCAAUUUCAGCAAAACAACUAAGAGCGUUGAAGUGAGAGGCUCAACUUCUCCGCUGUUUUGGUGCCAUGGUUCCAACGCUGUGAAAAGAGUGAAGCGAACCCGUGCACAUGCGCAGAUACUGUGUGAGAGCAAAGUCUUGCAUCUCGCUCAUCUCAACAUCUGCGGUGCUGGUCGAGGCAACGGCAUUUUACUGAGUCUCCCUUUAACAUGCUCAUUUUGAUAGAAAUGCACUGUUUUCAACUGAGCUUUAAGUAAUAACAUUAUCAGACUUUUUCAAUCAGAUUAAGAUGCUGGACAGAAACUAGAUGUAUUUUUGGAAAGGGAUAACUCCUUUGAGUUUGUUUACAUUUAUAAUUGAGGAAUAUUAUUUUUUUAUUGAAUAUUCAAAUUGAAAUUACAUACCUCACUUAAAAGUAUUGAACAAAGAUAUUGCAUACUCAAACAACCAUGCCUGUUUUGGAUUUGUUCUCUGCUCAGGUAAAAUAUCUCUUUCUUAACCAGCCAAGUUAACACGCGUAAUACUACUAGGUCAGGCCACGAUGACCCUCGUUAGAAACUUUGACGUGAUGACAACUGUUUUAAAAUGUUUACUCUAUUUUAUAGCAUUACUGCUUUUAUAGUAUUUGUACAAAAUUAGGUUUUUAAGUUAUUGAAGUUCAUAUCCUACUCAUUGGUAGCUUCUCAUAUCAAUAUUGUCUUUUUUUUUUUUUUUUACACCUUGAAUUUGGGAGUGCCCCCAUGUUUCCCAGUACGUAUUCAGCGUUGUUUUUUCUUCUUUUAACGCACCAUUGACCUUUAGGACUGCCCCAUGCAGUCUGAUGUGAGAGCAAUGGAAAGUCCCACCGUGUUUUGUCCCUUAAAAUGAUUUUAGAUAGAAACGUGAUUGAUUUUCAAACCUGUUGUUGAUUUGAUGAAACAAUGCUUUAGUCUGUUUCUCAGGGUUUAUGUCUUUAUCAAUACUGCAAGACAAAACCCCUCUGUAUAUGAUUGUAUGAAGAAUGUUCAGUCUUAAUGUACAUUCUAGCCCUGCAGAUGGGUCCAAAUGAUACUCAGCUCUUAAACACAGUAGUACAUGUGCAAGAUGUAUUUAUCACUAUCAAAAGGCAGCUGUCCCAGUAUAUGUGGCUUUUCUUUCAUAUAGGGGCACAUAUUUUGUCCAUGUUCUACCAUCAUUUCUUUGUAGACUGUUUCAUGUGAUUCUUUUUAAAACACGAGUCUGUUUGCAGGCUUUUAGACACAGAAGUCGCAUUCAUAAUCAUCUAGUUUGUAAAUCUUUCUUACCACUUGUUUAGAGUAGAUUCCUCUACCACUUGCUGUACCCUUUCCUUUUGUAGAUCAAAGAUACGUGUAUGAGAACCCUUUUAGAGAAUGACAAUAGCAGACCUUUCUUCCCCUCUGAAGAAGUUUGUGAAGGUGGCACAAACUAUUAGCUAGAAAGAUCUUGAGGGCAUGAACUAGAAUCUCAGCGGAACCCUUCGUUUUUAGAUUUGUAAUCAUAUUGUUGCUUUUGUGACAUUCCUGUCUUAAAUUUAAAUAAACUUAAUUAAAACCUGAA